GGGAAUUACCUAAGCGCCAUCCAAAGCUUCUGCUUUUUUUUUUUUUUUACAUGAACUUUGGGGUAAUGGCUGGCCAUUUGGGUUGGGGUUUAAUAGGAGAGGAGGGUUGGAGGAAGGGACCCUGGACUUCUGAGGAAGAUAGCUUGCUUAUUGAGUAUGUCAGGCUGCAUGGUGAAGGACGAUGGAACUCUGUUGCUAGGCUUGCAGGGUUGAAAAGGAAUGGAAAGAGCUGUAGACUGAGGUGGGUGAAUUAUCUGAGGCCAGACCUCAAGAGGGGGCAGAUAACCCCUCAUGAGGAGAGUAUAAUUCUAGAGCUGCAUGCUAGAUGGGGGAACAGGUGGUCAACAAUUGCUCGAAGCUUGCCAGGAAGAACUGACAAUGAGAUCAAGAACUACUGGAGGACCCAUUUCAAGAAAAAAGCUAAAGUCCCUUCUGAUGCCUCUGAAAAGGCAAAAACACGCCUGCUAAGGCGGCAGCAAUUUCAACAACAGCAGCAACAGCAGCAGCUGCUACAACAACAACAACAGCAACAAUUGCAACUGAAUCAAGCGGACAUGAAAAGGAUCCUGGCCUUGCUCGAUGAAAAUGACCAUAAGGCUACACCUGUACCUCAAGCAAGGCAGGAAAUGAGCACCAUGUAUCCCAACACCACUGAAGAGCAGAGCUAUUUCUAUUCCUUGCUCAAUAGCAAUGUGCUUGUGCCUGAGGCCUCAAACGAGGACAUAAUAUGGGAUGGAUUAUGGAUGGAUGAUGUCCAUGGCAAUUUCAAUACAGCCAGCGCCACAACCAGAGCUAGUCUGCAGAAUCUAGUCACUCCCUUUUGUUAAAUCUUUGACUGGUUUCAGUUUUCUCGACUUACUGUAUAUCAACCACUACUUUAUCACCAACUGGAGAAGGCUCUUAACUAGGAGCUUCCGGACUGAUAUGCACGCGUUUUGAAAAAUCUGGGUUGUUAAAGAUGCAAUCCGGACAAAAAUUAUGUUUUUUUUUUUUUUAAUCCAAUAAAGUGGUGGGAAAAGUGAUGCGUGUAACAUUUUAACUUGAUAAUAGGGUUAUCUUAUUUGCUGUACUUUACUAUCAGGAUCGGAAAGCCCUCUGGGAAGUUGUAUUACGUUUCAGCCUUCAGCUAGUGCCUUGUGGUGUCUUGCUGUAGGGGCUUUUGUGUUGAUUCCUGGCAAGUACAAGAUAAAUACAAAGAA